AAAUUUCCCUUUGGCUUCAAUUUGUCUGCGUUUUCGAAAUAACCGAAUUAGCUGCGGAGAGUAGGAAAUGGCCGGUGGAGGAUCGUCGAAGUCGAGAAAGAGAGUGGAGGCUACUCCGGCCGCUGCUGCCAGUACUGGCCCUUCGCUUGUGAGAGCCAAAGAUGGCAGUGCUUUUGCUCGAUGUGAUGAGUGCGGCAAAAGUGUUCCGGCAGCACUAAUCAGCAUGCACAGCUGUAGCCUCGACGCCAAAAUUAGAACGAAUUUAGAGGCUCAGACUGUCGAGAAGCAAACUCAAGCCAAAAAGCCAGCUGAAAAGAAAAGAUCAGCACCAUCAGAACCAAAGGCUAAGAAAUCCCGAACGGAGAAGAGAGGGAAGAAAGACAAAGAUCCAAAUGCCCCCAAACGCCCUCCUACAGCUUUUUUCGUUUUCAUGGAUGACUUCAGAAAAUCAUACAAAGAAGCGCAUCCUGAUUCCAAAGGCGUUAAAGAGGUUGCAAAGGAAGGUGGUGAGAAAUGGAAGUCAAUGACUGAUGAAGAGAAGAAGCCAUACCAAGAUAAAGCUGCUGAGCUGAAAGCGGAGUAUGAGAAGGCCUUAGAAGAAAGUCGAAAUGCUGAGAAUGAAGAAGAUGAAAAGGAAACAGAAGAGGUUGCAGAGAAGGAGGUAGAAGAAGUAACAGAUGAAGAGUAGGAGAGAUUCCAUGGUAGGCUUUCGUAAUGCUAGAAAACAGCCUUCUUCACUGCCUUGUUUCUGUUGUAAAUUCAUUCAGAGUCUAACUUAGUAAAAAUGCUGUUGGAUUCUAUGGUUGCGUUUGAAGCAAAAUAUCGUACAAAUGCUAGAUUUUUGGAGUUUUGUUUUUGGUCUCAAAUCUAUAUUUGAACCCAUCUUAGUC